GGAAGGCCGGCUGGUGGGCGGGCCAGAGAGCCGCUUUCAUUCAGUCUGCUGUCCUGCGGCUGAGGGUGGGGCCCGGCCUGUCUGCUCCGCAGCAGCAGAUCCCGCGGGGUGAUGGAUUUGGGGAGAAACUGGAGGAGUCUGGCUGUGUCUCUCUGCCGUGCCCGGCUGCCCCUGUUGGAGACGCCAGCAGGAGAAGAGGAGGGCCGAGCACGGCUGGGCCAGGGUCUGGGAACCCACUCUCUGUGGGCUGCGUUGGGCUUCAGGAGACCCCACUCAGACUCUGAGACCGCUGCCUCACCUGGUUGCAGCUCAAGCCUCGCGUGCCCGCAGAGAAGCCAGAGCACUGCAGGGAUGUGCCAGCGGGAAGACGAUGCCAGCAGCGACGUGAGCAGCGACGACGACGACGACGACGACGAUGAUGACGACGACAGGAGCCCAAAUGGAGAAGAAGCGCUGUCACCUCAGUCAGCUGGCUCCUCCAGCCGGCCGCCCCCGCCGGAUCUGUCCCUUUCUGAAACAGCACACACAAACUUUGAGUUGGACAGUGACGACGACAGGGACGGCAUGGAGCUGGAGUGGGAGGUCCAACUUCAGAAUACCCAGUUCUACCAGCACGUCAUGAGCCUCUAUGAGGACCGGAAGCCGCAGAACACAAUCCAGGACAACAUGGAGAGCUACAGGAAGCUGCUCUCCCUGGGGAUACAGCUUGCCGAAGACAGCCACCGCUCCCACAUGACACAGGGCCACUCAGCAUGGGCCCACGGAGACGCCUAUCCCAGCACCAGCCAAGGUCUCCAAAUUGUGCCUGAAGCCAUAAAGUCAGCCCCACGGCAGGGUGUCUGUGAAGACGAAUCUUCCUGUGGAAUGAUCAUGGAAAACCUCAUCAAGGACAUGUCCUGCAGCUCUGAGGCAGGAGGAGUGAGGGAGUCCAGUGAGGAGCUUCAGGAGUUCAGUGAUGACUCGAAGGACGCAUCAUGCAGCAAGACUGAAUCAGUGAUCCAGGGAAGGGGCUCUGAAGAAAACUCGCUCGGGGGAGGCUGCAGGGUCACCUCAGACCUCGUUUCCGGAAAGAAAGUCCCGGAGAGAAAGAGGCGCCAUCUUGACGCGGAUGGGGAGGAUCUCGGUCAUGAUCAUGGAGGCUGUGCCCGGAAGGAGCCCUUUGAGUGUGGUGCUGAGAUGAGGCAAGCCACGGGUGUGAGCAGCCGGGGUAGCUUCAGCUGCUCCUCCGUCUCGGAGGCACAGCCCGUGGAUUUUGGGGAGAUGCCAUAUCUGUGCGAAGAGUGUGGGAGGUCCUUUGGCGUCAUCUCAGAGUUUGUGGAGCACCAGAUCAUGCACACUAGGGAGAAUCUUUAUGAGUAUGGCGAGUCCUUCAUUCACAGUGUGUCUGUCAGUGAGGUUCAGAGGAGGGGAGGGAAGUGCUUUGAGUGUAAAGAGUGCAGGGAAAUCUUCGGUCAGAGCUCCGCCCUGGCUGAGCAUUGGAGAAUCCAUGCCAGAGAGUAUUUCAAGGAAUGCCAGGAUCAGGACAGCGAGGGAACCGAAAUGUUCAGCCCUACCUUCGGUGAGCUUCAGAAGAUGUAUGGCAAAAACAAAUUCUACGCAUGCAGGGUGUGUAAGGAAACCUUCCUUCACAGUUCGGCCCUGAUGGAGCACCAGAAAACCCAUGGUAGAGGAAACUCCGUCCAUGACAGAGGUGGCGAAUGCUGGCGUGAGCGUGAGUGCCAGUGCAGGGAAUCGCUUAUUCCCUGUCCAGCCCUCCUCGGGUCUCAGAAGAUGUGUGGCACAGAGAAAAUCUAUGAAUGUGAGGUGUGUGGAGAGUCUUUCCCUCACAGCUCACCCCUGGAAGAACAUCAGGAAAUACACAUGAGAGGAAAUCUAUUUGAAAAUAAGAGUACAGUGUGUGAGGAAACCUCUGUUGCUGGUCAGACCCUUAGAAGGUGGCAGAAAACCUGCACUCAGGAGAGGCUUUUGGACUUUAACGAUGGCAGGGAUGUGUUGGUGCAGAGCCCGGACCUCAGUGAGCAUCAGAAAAUUCAUUCUCAAAAGAUCUUCUCUGCAGGCAGGGGUUAUGAGAAACCUGCCAUUCACCCAGGGCUCUUCCUCGAGUCCCAGAAGAGCCAUACCGUCAGCAGACCGCCCGAAGAUGAAGACGAGGAGGAGGUGUUCGCCAUCGGCACCGGUGCCCAUGAAGACUGCAAGUUCCCCAAAGCAGGAAGUGUCCUUGAGAGGAAGCCAUACGAGAAGUCCGUUAUUCUCUGCCUGGCCUCUGCUGACACUCAGAAACGCUCUAGCACAGAGGGGCUCGAAACACCAAAGCUGACGGCAGCGUCUCCCCUUCAGAGCUCUGAUGUUAUUAACCGCCAGAAAGUCUGCGCCGAAGGGGACGCCUGGGAAGGAAAGGGUUAUAAGAGGCCCACUGUCCAUGGCUUGGCUGCCCCCACACCCCUGAAACGUCACAGAGGGAAUGAACAGGUUGAAUGUGGUGAGAAGGGAGAAUCCGCCAUGUAUAUAUCAGACCUCAAUAAUAAAUGGCAGAAGGUUCCCUCCAGAGAGAACCCACGUGAAGGGGAGAAUAACAGCUACAAGGGCUCCGUCAUACAGAGUGCACCCAGCGCCAAACUUAAAAGAAGUCUUGCUGGAGGGGGAGCUGGUGAAUUCAAGCAGAAUGGCAGAUUUACCGUCCUCAGCUCAAAUGUUCAUGAACGCCAGGUUUGUGCUACAAUGAAAUACACUGAGCCCAGGAGCAACGAGACCUCAGUAAUUCAUUCUCUGCCAUCUGGGGAGCUGCCAACAGCUUGCCCCAGGGAGAAGCCCUGUGCAGGUCAGGGGUGUAGAGAGCCCUUUGCUGGUAGCCCUGACCUCACUGAACACCAGAAGAUUCACAGUAGAGGGGAGCCCUCUGGAAGCAGAAGCUAUGAGCGAUCUGCCAUUCACAGCUUCUCCCCUGCUGACCCGGGGACAAGUUAUGCCCAGGAGCUCUGUGCUGAGGAGCCAGUGCACCCCAAACCUAGGGAGCUGGGGUGGGGCUGUGCCCUCAGCAUCAGCCUCGGUGCACAUCAGAUGGCUGAGGCCCAAGGGCAGCCCCAUGGCGAGUGCGGCGGGCAGGAGACCCAUGAGGCGACUGCAGCCGGGGCCCUGGAGUCGGAUGACCCCUGUCAGGACUGUGGGCGGGACUUCGCAGACGUCUCCAACCUCAUGGGGCCCUGGCACGGCCAGAAGGAUGAGUGGCUGGAGUCCGGACACCCCCCGUCCCGGGCCUCGAUUCUUACCGGGCCCUUCAGAAAACCAGUACCUUUCAUUGAAUGCAAGGACUGCGGGCAGCCCUUUGAUCCCGAUGCACUCCUCACCGGACACCACCAGUUUUAUCCCGAGGAGGCUGCCACCGCCCAGGACGCAGAAGCUGAUGUCCUCGUUCCACAAGAAGCUCUGCAGAUUCAGGGCUCAAACGCAGAUGCCGCUGAGCCAGGCAUGGAGGUGGCGGAGCCAGGGGCAGAAGCGGCUGAGGCCAGCGGCGAGGCCGAAGGGCCAGAGGAAGAGGCCGCCGAGCGGAAUGGAGAGGCCCAGCCACCCAGCGGGGAUGCAGAUGGACCAGAUGGGGCAGGGGGUGAAGACCCAGAAGAAAGCCCUGGAGAGCCGGAGGGGGACGCCGAUGAGCCUGACGGCGUGGGCAUCGAGGACCCCGAGGAAGGAGAGGACGAUCCGGAGAUCCAGGUGGAAGGGUCGUACUACAGCUGCCCCGAGUGCGCGGAGAUCUUCCUGUCCAGUGUGGCCUUCGGCGAGCACCUGCGGACCCAUGCCCGCGUGGUCAUCCUGGAGCCCGCCAACGCCCUGGGCGAGAGCUCCGGCCGCAUCGAGCGUGCCCAACAGGCCACCGAGAAGUCUUUCAGGUGUGGGGUCUGCGGCCAGCCCUCCAGCGACCGCCUGUCCCUCGCCAGACACCAGAACACACACCGGCGCGAGUGCCGAGGCUGGAGGGUCUUCACCUAGGACGCGGGCUCAGCGGGCCCCAGCGGAGGCUGGCCGGCCUGUCAGACAAGCGUGCAGACCGACCGCGCAGCCCCGACCCACGCUGGACACUCAGACCCAGUGCGGAGACCCCUUGGGUCUCAGCUCCCCGCACGGAGCACCCGUGUGCGUGUGGGAGAGCAGUAGCAUGUACACUCCCUUCGUCUGCGCGACCAGAUCGAGGGACCCUGUGAAUAUUCCGGAGCAGAGACCGCCCAGUCCACUGUAAAGGGUGCCGCUGCCAACACGUUCCACCGCAUACAGAAAGGAGCAGGCCGCAGCCAAACGGUGAGCGCGUAAGCUUGGAUCUAAUGAUGCACAGUUCGUUUACUCUGCGGAGCUACCUGACCUGGCACUGAUCUUUUUUCUUUCUUGGAGGAGGAGAGAGUAACAAAUUCAUAUAUAUUUGUAAGUGUCUUAGAUCCUGAGGAAGGUUAAUUGUGCAUUAUUCGAACCCUGUCAGUAUCUUUUUAGUAACUCUGUCUUAUUCCUGCCAGUCUUGUGAAGGUGUAGACAAAAGAUAACACACCUUUACUCUUUGCUGUUUGAAAAGACAAGUAAUUUUAGCUUUCUCCUGCAGCAGUUCUGUCUGUACCAAUGCCUUGGGACCUAACGUUUGUGUGUAAGCCUUUACAAUCUGUGGAUUGGCUUUUGUGACCCAAACUAACCUGUUGCCACAUUGUGUGUACCUUGUGGUGGUUCUCAAGCAGAAAUAUUACCAUUUGGGGUAUUUUUAAAGGUUUUUUUUUUUUUUAGCAACUCAGUGUGGGUUCAGCAGUGAAUUUGUAAAGCUUUUCCCUGUAAAUUUUAUGCCUUUGCCUUUAAAGAAUGCAUUGCAACCACCACUAGACCAGAGUUUUGCCUGGUGGAGGUUGAGAAUUAGGGGAGGCGCUCUCCUAUUCCUGUAAAUAAGGAAGCUCGCUGGUGACCUUAAGUCACUCCCUCCCAUGCUUCCUGCCUUAAGAGACAAGCAGCACCAUGGCCUGCAUCGCUUGUGUGCUGCCACAAGUCAGUUUGCUCCCUGGGUGACCAGGAGCACGUGUCCUUAAACCUUUCCAUUCCUAAACUUAAUCUACCUGUUCUUUACCUGUUGGACUUUAACCCCUUGUCUAAUCUAUAUUUUAAGCAUAUUAAAAAACAAAAAAGCUUUCUUUACAGUCAGCACAAGCUUAACAUGGACUCAGGUUCCCCAGCAGCCUUAAUUUGUUUUGUUGCCUCUGUAUCUUCUUUCCAGCCCCCUGAUUAUCUGUGAGGUGUCCAUUCGUGUCGUGCUGGUCUGAUCCCCUUUUCAUCGCAAGCUGACCCCACAGCUCAAGGUUGCCCAUGUCCUAUCCUGUGUGCCCCUGUGCGCCUUUGCCUCCCCUCCCAUGUGUAAUAGCUAUACAGUGCUAAGAAGUUUUUGGCCUCGAGUUGGCUGGGGAAAAAAAAAUUUAAAAAUCAACAAAAACUUAAAAAAAAAAGCAAAUCACUCAAUGAAGUGAGCAAAAGAUAAAGGCAGAUCAUUCAAGCAAAUAAAAUAUCUGCUGGGGGAAAGGUAUCUGAAACUUCCUCCCUAGAGCUGCAAGACUGGGGCUCCUGGGGAGCCUGCCUGGAUGCCAGAGUCCAGGGAGAGCAGGAGAACUGAGGAAGAUGCAGAAACCAGUGUGCCAAAGCAGGGAGUCCUGAUCCGUCACCAGACUAGGAGGGAAAGGAGACAGGCAGAAGGAAACACCAGAAGUAAGGCUAGGGUGGCCAUGAGUUGAGUUGAGGUGAGGUGUCCUGAGCAGUAGGAGGAAGGCGUUCUUGAUGGCACGGUAUUGGUGAAGGGCAGCUGCAUACAAAUCCCAAGGUUGGAAUGGGCAUCCAGUGAAUUGUGGGGCAGUGAGGUGCAUAAGAAGGGAACCCUUGGAGUGGGAGUCCAUGUUGAUGUGAUCCGGGCAGAUGUGAUCCGGGGAGACCAUGACUGUCGCACUGUCAAUCAUUUGGCCCUUUGUAGAAAGCAACCUGACAGAAGACAGGGUGUCUUUCCAACCUUGACUGAGUAGAAGCAAUUUAAAUGCCAAACAAUAGAGGAAUGGUCAAGCAUCCUUGGACUCAUAUGCAGCUAUUUAAAAAUGAUAAUCAUAAAGAACUACAUAGCAGUGAAGAAAUAUAUUUGCAGAAUAUUAAGUGGAGAAAGCAGGACACAAAAUUAUAUUUAUACUACAGUUAUAACUUUAAAAAUGUAUGCUUAUAGUCAAAAGCUGUUGUGUUGUCAUCGUGGGCUUAUAGUUCAGCAUUAUUAAAUUUCUUGAAUAUACAUGGUAGUGUUAAAAGUGAAUAUUCACAUUUCCACUGUGAACAUAAUUUGAACUCAUUAUCAAACACUUGGAAAAUAAAGAAAAGUGGAGGAAAAAAAUGAUAAAAUCCCCACUAUCUGAAGACAUAAAUUCUUUAGUAUCUUGUUUAUUUUUGUUUCUGUGCACAGGUUAUAAUUAUAACUAUGUCAAAAUGUGCAUUGAAGAUAAUUAUCAUAUUACUCUUGUGAAAUUAUACUGUCAUCUUCAUUUUUUUAAAUGUUCAUUAUAAUGGUGUCCUGAUAACCAAGUUUAUUAUGUGUAUCUCCUUUAAAAGUAAAUAUGUAUCGAGAGGAAAAA